AUGAAAAAUAACGUGGUGUAUGGUACAAGCCGUGAUACGAUACCACGUGCAUUAUUAGAAUUACCUGUAGAAAAAUUUACCAAAGGUUUUAUAAUGUGGGGAGCCAUUGGUAGUCGUGGAUUAAUACCAAAAGAUGGACCAAUCUUUAUCGAUGAAUUUUUGGAUGAAUAUUCAUGGAAUCGUAAUAAAAAAAGAACAUUGAACAGUCAAAGAUAUAUUGAUUUAUUGCAGGAAAGGAUAAUACCUUCUAUUGAACAAAUUUAUCCUAAUAAUGAUUAUAUUUAUCAAGAUGAUUGUGAUUCAAUUCAUCGUUCGAAAGAUGUAUUGGAAUUUAUUGAAAAAAAUAUCCCCGAUCGAAUCAUGCCUAUGGAUCAAGCAUCAAAAUUAGAUGAUGUAUGGCCAAUAGAAAAUGUUUGGUCUAUAAUUCGAACGAAGUUAAUGAAAAAGGAUUAUAAAGAUUUAUCUCAAGUUAAAACAGAAAUCGUGAAAAUUUGGAAGAAUUUUGACAUUAGCUUAUGUUUUCGAAUGAUGUCGAGUAUACCAAAAAGAUUACAAGCAGUGAUCAAACAGGAUGGUCGACGAGUUCUUAAGAGUGAUUUUUGA